AUGGCUCGUACCAAGCAAACCACCCGCAAAUCCACCGGUGGUAAAGCCCCUAGCUACAAAAGCCGCUCGCGAGGGUGCACCCCUCCUGGAGGGAUCAAGACACCUCAUUGCUACAGGCCGGGUAGUGUGGCUCUCCUUGAAAUCAGACGUUAUCAGAAGUCCGCUGAACUUCUGAUUCGUAAACUUCCCUUCCAGCGUCUGGUGCGUGAAAUUGCUCAGGACUUCAAAACAGAUCUGUGCUUCCAGAGUGCAGCAGUUGGUGCUUUGCAGGAGGCAAGUGAAGCCUAUCUGGUUGUCUUGUUUGAGUACAGCAACCUAUGUGCUAUCCACGCCAAACGUGUCGCAAUCAUGCCAAAAGAUAUCCAGCUAGCAUGCCGCAUACGUGGAGAACGUGCUUAA